UAGGUAAAUGGAGUAGUCAUGCAACCUGUGGCAGCAAAGGGUAUUCAUGUUUUAGAUCCUGUUGAGUACAGUAUAGAAAUUUCUACUGUUCAAAGUUAUUAUUUAACGUAAUACGUUUUCGAAUUUCCGCGUCUUUUUAGCAUGUGUGAACCGAAACUCCAAUGGAUGACUACCUUCACUACGUAGGAGGUACGGUUGGAAUUGCAGCAUUAACAGGAGCCGCUGCAGCUGCUGCACUUUACAUGGCUUGCUCACCAACUCCAAUAGCACCUCCAGUGGACAUCGAGAACCAGUCGGCUGAAGUUCCUGACACUGGUGGUGCACGGCAAUCGAGACUUGCCCCUCCUGGUGGAAUGACAAGCUUUCUUUAUGAUGAUGCUAAGACAUUGCUAGAAAUGAUGGAAAGGGGUUGCAGAAUAUCUGGAAAUGGACCAUGUUUAGGUUUCAGAGGUUCGAAACCAGAAUAUUCUUGGAUAACAUACAGAGAGGUGAUUGAGAGGGCAAACAAUUUAGCCUCUGGUUUAAUUCAUAUUGGCAUGAAACCUGGCCAGUCUUCUUUUAUUGGUAUUUAUGCUCAAAAUUCUGUUGAGUGGAUCUUAACAGAACAGGCCUGCUAUAAUCAAUCUGCUGUGAUAGUUCCUCUGUAUGAUACACUUGGACCAAAUGCCUGCUCUUUCAUUGUAAAUCAAGCUGAAAUAAAAAUAGUUGUCUGUGAUAAAGAAGAAAAGGUACAAUCCCUCCUGGAACAGAGAGAACAAACACCAGGCCUAACACAUAUUAUUGUGAUGAAUGAUGUUUCUGAAGAUGUGAAACAAACAGCAAAAGACAAAAAUGUUAAUUUGCACUAUUUCCAAGAAAUCGAAGAUCUUGGGAAACAAAAGCCUGUUGACAUUGUUCCACCAAAUCCAUCAGAUAUUGCAACAGUAUGUUAUACAAGUGGUACAACUGGAGAUCCCAAAGGUGUUAUGUUAACACAUGCUAAUAUAAUUAUUGAUGCUUCUGCUGUUAUAUUGCAAUUAGGUGAAUAUGCACCUAACAAAGAUGAUACGAUGAUGUCAUUUUUACCUCUUGCACAUAUGCUGGAAAGGCUUUGUGAGGUAACAGUUUACAUAAAUGGUGGACGUUUAGGAUUUUAUCGUGGUGAUAUUAGGCUACUUAUGGAUGAUAUGAAAGCUUUGAAACCUACAAUUACGCCUGCCGUUCCUCGGCUAUUGAAUAGGAUAUAUGAUAAAGUUCAAGCAACUGUGAGCAGUAGCAAAUUAAAGAAACUUCUGUUUCAAUUAGCACUCCGAAUGAAGCAGUCAGAACUCCAGAGGUUUGUUAUAAGAAAUAACAGUCUUUGGGACCGCCUUGUAUUUAAGCCUGUCCGUGAAGGAAUGGGAGGAAGAAUUAGAUUACUUGUUUGUGGUUCUGCACCUUUGGCUGGCAAUGUCCUUACAUUCAUACGUUGUGCUAUGGGUUGUGUGGUUGUAGAAGGAUAUGGUCAGACUGAAUGUGUUGCUCCUUGCACACUAAAUAUCCAAGGAGACUAUUCUGUGGGUCAAGUAGGCCCACCUAUUCCAUGUUGCCAUAUCAAAUUAGUUGAUGUUCCUGAGAUGGAGUACUUUUCUAAAGAUGGUCAAGGAGAGGUUUGCAUAAAGGGUCUGAAUGUUUUUAAAGGUUAUUUUCAAGAUCCUGAAAAAACUGCCGAAACUGUUGAUGCCGAUGGAUGGUUGCACACAGGAGACAUUGGAAUGUGGCUCCCAAAUGGAACCCUGAAAAUUGUGGACAGGAAGAAGCAUAUUUUCAAACUUGCGCAAGGAGAGUAUAUUGCUCCAGAGAAAAUAGAAAAUAUUUACUUGUCUAGUACAUAUGUAUCGCAAAUAUUUGUUCACGGUGAAAGCUUACAGAGCUGUUUGGUUGCAAUUAUUGUUCCUGACAGAGAAGUUGUUUUAUCUUGGUGUAAAGAAAAAGGAAUUGGAGGUACUUGGGAUGAAAUUUGUAAACAUAAGGAUGUCAAGCAAAUGAUUUUAGAUGACAUAACUAGGCUAGGAAAAAAGGCUGGCCUUAAAUCUUUUGAACAGGUGAAAGACAUUUAUUUGCAUUCAGAAAUGUUUACUGUUGAUAAUGGACUUCUUACGCCUACUCUUAAAACAAAAAGGCCUGACUGUAGAAAAUGCUUCAUGGGUGUAAUAGAAGCUAUGUACCAAUUAUUGGCGUAAUUCUUGUUGCAUGUCAUUGCAAAAAGUAUGCAAAUGACAUGAAAUAAUUUCAUGAUGAGAAGGACUGCAGAGGAAAAAAAGCCCAUAUCGGAGCAACACAUUGCAUAUUCUGAUACAUAUUGCACAUAGGGCUUUAAAAGUUUUUUCCCAUAUAUCAAAAUGUAUAGCAUUUGGCAAUGUCGAAGAGUGUAUUGAGCUUCAGAUUUGAAAUUGUGCAUCAUAAAAAGUUGCAUACAUAUACUCACGAAAUGUGUACAUUCCAAAAAAAAAAAAAAACAUGUUUGACAUUUCUUUUGUUGUUGGUAAAAAGAAACUAGGAAGUGUCUUUUGCAGACUACUUUUUUUUUUUUUAAUGUCCUCGAAGGAUAAAACUUCAUCUGAAUUUUUCAUAUUUGAUUUUGAAAACUCAAUUCUUGACUUUCUGGUAGUAAUUUAAUGUGAUUUAAUACUGGUGAAAAUUAUGUAAGGGGGGCAAAAUUGGAAUCAAAAUAAGUUCUAUAAAUUUAGUUAUUAAAUUAGUUUGUUGCUAGCUGUAUUUUUAUAGAUCUGAUUUUGUAUAAAGAUAACUUUCAUUUUUUAUAUAUUUAUUGUUAUUUUAUGCCUUUUUCUUGCAUUGUUUUUAAGAUAUGAAGGCAUUUAAAAUUCUUAUUGGCUUUCAGUUGUGGUACUCUGAAUAGCAUUUUGCCUUUUUUUUCAGAUUCCAGUAAUGUAUCUAUCGUGUGCAGUGUUUAAUUUAUUGUGUGAAUGUGGGAGGUUGCCUCGAAUGGUCUUGUAAGGGUAUAUUUGUUUUCCGUUGGUUUUUGUUUCAGAAAUAAAAAAUGGAACUUACUGUGAAAUUUUGAACGAUGAAAUACAGUUAAACUUCCAUAAGAAGACCACUCUCUUCUUAGGUAUAUGGUUCCAUUCGAUGGAGUUGCCUUGGAGAAUAUGGCUGCUGAUAAUGUUUUCUGAAAUACUGGUUUCUGUGAGAGGUUUCACUGUAUUUCUGUAGUCAUCUUUGUGUUGAAUUUUGAAUUCAUUCAAAAGUCAUUUUUGUUGUUGUACCAUUAUCAUUAUAAAAUGUCUUUUUUUUUUUAAUGAUAAAUUUUGAUUCUUGAAUUUUAGUCCUCAAGUGUAAAUGUUAGUGUAAUGGAAUGAAUAAAUCUAUAAAAAAUUGCUUGCUAGAAAAGACUAAAAAAUUGUGCUGUUAUUUUUAAAAUCAAUUUUAAGAAUAAAAGUAUGUAUAUAGCUUUCUUUAGAAUCUAAAUAGUUGUUUAUAAAUUACAGCUUGAUUGAAAAACGUGUAAAAUUUUAAUUUGGAUUGACAUUAAUUUCAUAGAAAAGACAUGUUUUUUUUUUUUUUUUUUUUUUUUUUUUUUCCCCCCAGGAUUUGAUGCUGUUCUAUUUUGAAAUGUGUAGUUCUUUUAUAAAGGCAAUAUUGUUCUAAAACUGAAUUUUAUGUAAAUUAUUAAAUUUCAAAUUCAUAUACCUUGGUUUUAUCUGUUAUUUAGAUUAACUUCAAAAAUAAAAAAAUUGGAAUCCAAGUAGGGAAAAAAAUUGGACUUAAAAAUAAUAGCUCAAUUAAUUUGUUUACAUGUCCAUGAUCUGAAUGUUAUUAUGUUGCUGCUGAUUUAAUAUUCAGGUAAUUUUUCAGUGGACACUAAAUGACUUCUUAAUAAUCAGCAUUUGAAUGUAGAUAAUAUAUGUUAAAUGUCAGUUACUUCUUUUGAUGAAUGGUAUAAAUUUGCUUUGAAUGCAAUUUAUUUUUUAAAUAAUAUUCAUAAUUCCAAAGAUAAUGCAGGAAUGUAAAUAUUAUGCAAAAUCUUCUUGUUUAUAAUAAAUGUGAUAUAACCCAGGAGAUAAUCAGUAAGAAUUAUGGUCAACCAUGAAAGUCUGGAAUUUCUUUUAUACAUGAAAAAAAUAAUUUAGUUUUCUUCAGUAUAGAUUGGUAAUAUAUAGAAUAGACUGGGACACAGAGAAAGAAAAUAUGCAGGGAAGAAUAUACAGUAUGUAUGGAGUUAUUAAUUGCAAUUUGUGUUGAUUAUGCUAUCAUUAAUUACAAAUUAUUUCUACUUUUCUGAUUUCCUUGCUUAAUAUAACUUCUGGAGUUAUUCUAAAUCUUAAAAGUUUGGAAAUAAUUAAGGGCUAAUAUUAUAUAAAAAAAAACUUCUCUAAAAAAGUACUAUUUCUGCCUCGCAUAUGCUUUCAAUUUCUGUUAGGUGAAAUUUUGUUUUUUUAUUGAUGCAUAUGUACUGCAAUUAAUAGGUUUGUGGGCUUCUAAUUUUAGAUGUUACUAGAUUUUGAGCAUCAACACUUUUAUGUGCAAUUAUAAAUUAUGUUUUAUCGUUUUAGGAAUAAUUGUCACGAGUGACAUUAAGAAAAUUUCUCUAUAAGUAUUUUGACACAUAAAUUAUGCUGUAUUGAAGUAGGGAAUUUUAAAAUCUUUAUUACUCCACAAUAUUCCGUAAACAUAUCAUUUAUUACAAUUUAGUAUUUAAUAUAAAUAAUCAAGCAAUUAGAAAUUUGAAAUAAUAAUAAUCCUCUAAUUUCAAGGUUGACCUUUUUUAAUUAUGCUUUUUAAUUUGUUGUAUUUAUUUAUUAUGUUAUUUAUUUGACUUGAAAUUUACAUCACUUUGAAUGAAAAGUCAUGAUUACACUGCAUGGUUUUAAAAUUAGACAAAUUUAGAAAAAGGAAAAUUUAAUUGAGUGAGUAAGCAAAACAGUGCAAAGCGUUUUUUCCUUUUUUUGACUUAAUGUGAUAUAAUAGAAAGAGGGAAGAAUGCCUCUAAGUGUGCAGAGUAAGCAUGUGGCAACAAAAAUAAAAAAAGAUGGAUUAAAAUGUUGGUGUAGAGGAAGGCCUAUUAAAAAAUUUCUAACUUUAAAAAGGUCAUGUAAAGUGUAUUAUUGAGAAAUAUUUGUAUUUAAUAAAUAAAAUUAAUUUUUAUUACUAUUGAAAAUAUUGUUAGGAAAAUUAUAAUGGAAAUACUUUUAAUUUAAUAAAAAUAAAAUGUAUAUAUGCUUUCAUAUGUUCACUUCAUAGUUCUGUGUGCUUCAGUUUAGUUUAUAUUUUCAUUUUAAUAUAUAUAUUUUUUCCCAAAGAUGUAUUUUACUUUUUUGUCUGUCCCUUUCUGAUUAAAAUUUAAGAAAUAGAAUACUCUUAGUUUUACUUUUUUCUUAUUUCUCGUACUCUUCUUGUUUUAAGUUAUCAGCUAUUCUCAAAGUAUUACUCUUGGUUGGAUGAAUAUCGGUGAAAUCCAUAAAAUAACAUAUCUUUUCUAAUGACUCGUUCAUAAAUAUUCACAUGCAUAUAAAAUUUAACCAGUUUUGUGUGUAAAAUUUAAUAUUUUUCUGAGAUAAUGAAGCAUUAGAGGAUUAUUUUUGGACAGUAAUGUUUUUUUCGUUAAGUAAUCUGAAAUCGUUUUAAAGUAUGUUUGUCUUUGCAAGUUAUUUUAAAUGUGCAUGUAUAGGCAGUCCCCAGGCUUAAAAUGAUGCAUCUUGUUGGCAUCUUCAAGUUGGAAUUGAGUGAAAUGGACUUUCAUUAGACUGUUAAUAUCAUAAAUCAGGUCGUCUUCAAGUAAUUCAUACUUUAGUUGCAUUUUGUCCUUCCCUAAUACGAAAAAAAGUUGAUAUAUUGCUCAUAUGAAAUAUUUUUAUCACUACUGUAAUAUUUGGAAAUAUUUGUUUUGGAUUUACCUUCAGUAUUUAUUAUACUAGUGUUUACUGUUAAAUAUGUAUAUUUUUUAAAUUAGCUCAUUUUAGCACAUUUUUUACUGGUAUUUUUCCUACCUUGUUCACACACGCAAAUUGGUCUUUUUCAAUAUAAAAUUAGGUGUUCUUUACCUGUAAUUUGAUGUAUGCUCUAGAAAGGAGAUCUUUAUUAGAUUCCAGAAUUUAUGUAAUUAGUAUUCUCCCUUGAAUACUGGGUCGUUUUAUGUCUGUUAACAAUCAGUUUUAUUAUAAAGAUAAAAAAUACAGUCUGAACCGUGGUGACGUGAGUGAAUUUUUUAAAAAUUUACUAACAGAGAGAUAAUUUUCUGUUAAGCAUUGAUGCAUGUGCAAUGAAAAAAAUUUUUAAAUUGAAGGAUUUGUACAAAUUAAUAAAAUUUUGGUGAUAGACAGCAUUAAGGAUCAUGGUUACAAGAAAAUAAAACUGUAAAAUCAAUUGUAGAUAUUUUUAAGGUAAAAUGUGAAGUGUGUGAACAUUGUAUGUUUUCUAUCUGAUGAGAAAUUAUGUUUGUGAGUGUUUGUAAAGCUAAUUAUUAGUUGAAAAUUAUUUCCUUUCAUAAUGUGAAACAUUUGUUACACUUUCUGUUGUUACAUAAAUGCUCAUAAUAUAUUAAGUGUAUUAGCAUCUAACUGUUGUAUUUAAGAAGAAUUUUGAAAUUAAAACAGAUCAGAUAUGCCAUCUUAAUUUUUUAUAAAAUGAUACAGUUGAUUUCAGAGUUAUAAUUUUCUAAAAAUUUAAUUAUGAAGCUUAAUUUUUUAGUUCUAUUCCAUAUUCACAUGCUUCUCGAUGGUAGUUAUUUUGUUUUCUUUUUGGUCAUCUGAAGGUUUUGUACAUAUGUUUGUCAUUUUAUGUAAUUUAUGAAAAUAAACUUGUUUACAAGUGAA